GUUCAACUGAAGUUUAAAAGGUUUAGUGAGAUGUAGUCCACUGGUUCUACUAUCCUGGAGACCUGGUGUUAGUUAACAAAGUAGGUAAAAGAUGGAUAAAAUGUAUCGUCUUUAUUUCAUCCCUUUUUUCUCUCUCCAGCCGGCUCCUCCUAUGAUGACCUUCCUUAAGAGAGCUCGUUCCCCUUCCCUCUCCUUCUUCCAGACAGUCGUGUCCCUCCUGCUGAGCACCGUGGCCCUCACAUCCCCCUUCUGGUGCACAGGCAAGCAGAAAAUACCCAAGCCGCUCUGCACGGCAAACAAGAUCACCCGAUGCAUCCCUGUGCCCGGUUUGUCCAACAACUCUAACAUCCAGUUCUUCUGGGAGACGGGUGACGACCGCUUCGUCUUCCCCACCUUCCACACGGGGCUGUUCAUCAUCUGCGAGGAGAACAUCUAUGUGGACGAAUGGGAAGAGAAGUGUCGAGGCUUUUACAGUUUGACUCCUGAAUCAGAGGAAGCGAUGAUGUGGCUCUGUCUUACACUGGAGUUCAUGUAUGUUGGUCUGCUGCUGGUCAGCUGCCUGCUGCUAUCUGGCCAGCUGUGCAUCAGGGCCUGGUUCCCCUCCACGGUACGCUGGGGCCAGUUGCUCAACUCCUUCGCAGCUGUCUUCACAGUUCUGGGAGGUCUGCUGGGAAUGGUGGGUCACAUGAUGUUCAUGCAGGUGUUUCAGACCACUGUUUCGAUGGGACCAGAGGACUUUAAACCUCACAGCUAUGGCUACUCCUGGGCAUUCUAGUGAGUAAAUUAGACAUUUCACAGACAC